AUGUGGGAAGCAACGGUAAAGAUGGCGACGUCCUCAUCAGCAGGACGCGUUUUGACUCUUUGCAAACAGUUUCAAAAUGUCUUUAGGAUAUCCUCAGCGAUAACUACCCAGCACUGUUCUUCUGCUUUGACCAAGUACCAGCCUCAUAUUCACAGGGAAAAGUCUCCCCUUGCUGCCCUGUCUUGGUACAGUCCCAGCACCUCUGUGGGUCAGUGUCGAGCCCUGCACACCACCAUCAGCAGGAGAGGGCUGGACGAGUUCUUUGACGUCCCUGAGAACUGGGGAGAGUCCAACGUGAAGUCAGGUGCACCAUGGACUGCCAAACAACUGAGGACAAAGAGCAAUGAAGAUUUACACAAACUCUGGUAUGUGCUGUUAAAAGAAAAGAACUUGCUGGUCACACUGGAGCAGGAAUCAAAGAGGCAAAGGGUUCAGAUGCCGAGCCCAGAAAGAACAAGGAAGGUGGAGCGGUCAAUGAUCAGACUGGAGACGGUGGUGACAGAGCGAGAGACUGCUCUGCGACUGCUGCAGACGGGCCAGGAGAAAGGCAGACCAGGAGCCUGGAGAAGGAACAAAUGUGGACAUGUCUACUGGUAUCGAUUCAAAGAAUAUGCUAUUCCUUGGUACAUGAACAGAAGGUACAAGCGAAAGCCCUUCUUCACACCCAAGUUCGUCCAACCUCACAUACGGCUGCGCAUAGAGAAGCACAUUCGACAGAAGGCCAGGAAUGCCAGCUUGGAGAGGAGAACUCGGUCCGAACUCAAGGAGAAGUUUCCUCAAGUAAAAGUUUCUGGAUCGUAAAACUUCAAGUGCAUCUUUUACAAUUAAGGCGUAUUUGACAGCUGUCCAGACACAAGGCCUUCUCUUCAUUUAUUUAUCUGCUGAGUUAAUAUGAAUACUCAAGUCUGAAUCGGCUCAUGUCACAUCAUCGGUGGUCUAAAACGGUUGUCCUAUGUUGCGUAUGAGUGUUUGAUUUAUUUGAUCCUAUACGAUAAACCAUGCUAUAUCACCCUGAAAUGUGUUGGUUGCUGUUUUAUUUUUAAAAGUUAAUAUCAAAACAUGUGUUCUCAUCAUUACUAGUCUGUAAAAUGAGUAUUCAGUUUGUAGAUUAUGUUAAUGCAACUUUACAGUAAUUUGAUAGUUAUCAAAAUGUAAACCUGUUUAUGUCCAACAAACAUUAAAAGCAAUUAAUACAAGACACCCCUAUAAUUAAAAUCAUGUACAUGUAAAAGUGAAACAAACUUCACAUCACACACAUUUAACAAACAAUGAAAAUUAAAUACAGAUGCAUUUGUGUUGACACAAAUAAGCAAGAACAGGGUUUUGCCUCAGAGUUUACUUACUACACAAAAAAAAUGAUUCACCCCAAACAUAAGGUCAGUCCUCCAAAUACACAUCACCCAAGUGUUACCGUGUCAGUAGAAACCUUUCAGAGCAAAGUGUGUUUCUCCACAUUGUAAUCAAAAACUUGAUUUAGAAGCUACACACUCGUAUUUAAUGAUCCUUAGAACACGUCAAUGUCUGAAGUGGGAGGGAAGACGGGGACAACAGGCUCUUCAGCUUUUGUCAAUUCCAGAAUUUUUUUGUUUCCACAAAACUCAUAUCUAGAAAUAAGGCAACCGACUUGACUGUAAUGACAAACAAUGGAACUCAAACCAUCUUUCAUCAUAGUGACAGUUUACUUUGUAGAUGUUUGUCUGAUUUUCACAAUAAAUCCCAGACAGGCGGCAUAUUAACAAACUUUUUAAAAAACAAAUCAUACAAAACAAGAGUGAUCAUCUGUGGGUGUUCCUGAGUCCGGGGCCAGA